AUGGCGGGGCAACUAUUUGCGACACCUUGUCGGAGAAAAGACUAUGGCGGGGCAACUAUUUGCGACACCUUGUCGGAGAAAAAGACUAUGGCGGGGCAACUAUUUGCAACACCUUGUCGGAGAAAAUGGGGCACUAUUUGCGAACCUUGUCGGAGGAAGGUGGCAACUAUUUGCAACACCUUGUCGGAGAAAAGACUAUGGCGGGGCAACUAUUUGCGACACCUUGUCGGGGAAAAGACUAUGAGCGGGGCAACUAUUUGCAACACCUUGUCGGAGAAAAGACUAUGGCGGGGCAACUAUUUGCGACACCUUGUCGGAGGAAAGACUAUGGCGGGGCAACUAUUUGCAACACCUUGUCGGAGUAAAGACUAUGGCGGGGCAACUAUUUGCGACACCUUGUCGGAGGAAAGACUAUGGCAGGGCAACUAUUUGCAACACCUUGUCGGAGAAAAGACUAUGGCGGGGCGACUAUUUGCGACACCUUGUCGGAGGAAAGACGUAUUGUGGGGCAACUAUUUGCAACACCUUGUCGGAGAAAAGACUAUGGCGGGGCGACUAUUUGCGACACCUUGUCGGAGGAAAGACUAUGGCGGGGCAACUAUUUGCAACACCUUGUCGGAGAAAAGACUAUGGCGGGGCAACUAUUUGCGACACCUUGUCGGAGGAAAGACUAUAGCGGUGCAACUAUUUGCAACACCUUGUCGGAGAAAAGACUAUGGCGGGGCAACUAUUUGCGACACCUUGUCGGAGGAAAGACUAUAG